CUCAAUAGUAAUCAGUUAUGAGUUGUCAGUGGUUGUGAAAGUUACAGAAUCUGUGUAUGGAAUUCGACUAACAGAGAAGAUGAGUCCCAACGGAGGGUUAUUGGUGGACUCUGACACGGGGGAGGUUGUGACUCCCUUGGUCCAGACGAGUCAACCUCUGCGGAGCUUCGGCGACGACGAGACUGGGGAACAGACACAAGUACGACUCGUCUAUCAGAGGUCCAAGUUUAAGGUGCCAAGGUCAGCUCUCAAGUCGCCAGUGUUUGACACAGCUGUUCUAGACUCCCCGAAGAAAGGGUCUGAAUAUGUCUGUGACUUGUCAUUGUUAGUGCUGCCUAUGCUAGUGGUGCUGCCAGGCUGGGCAACUGUCGUCUACAUCAUGGCGGAGGUCCUCUACCACAGCUGGAUGCAUGCUCAGCGUGGUCGCUCUUUGAUGGUCAAGACCCCAAUGAGGAUCAUGUUCAACGCAAUGUGUGCCGAGUGUGUGGCCGAGAAACAGAUGGAGAAAGUAGGUAAACUCCAGGACGAACGCACUCUACGCAUCAACAGCAGGAGAAUCCUCAGUUACAACUGUUCGCAAUUCGGUUGCUCUUAGACUCUUCAAAGUUUUAGUUUGGAAGUCUGUUCAAAAACCAUGUUUAGGACUGAUCAUUUGACAUUUUGCACAAAACUAGGGUUAGAAAAAGUUAAGAAAAAGACACAUUAAAACAUCAAAUUUGUCGUAUAAUAGGAAAUAGGAAUUGACAAAUAAGAUUUAAGAAUUCGUAGAUAACUUCUGUGCAAGUUGAUAGCGAAAAAAUAAUUUGUUUACAGUAUUUUUGUUUAAUUGAUAUUCUACCUUAAAUACAGUAGAUCUACUACAUAUACUGAAAGCCAAUUGGGUAAAUUCCUCAUUAAAACUUUUCAUUUUACAAAAGGUUGUUUGAGUUGUAGAUACAAUUUUACAAGAUAUUGGGAUAGUGUUUCGGUGUGAAACAUUGAAUGUAAAAAAAAAAAUAAUAAUAGGCCUAAUAAUUUUAGGGUAUGUGGAAAAUCCAUUGUAGACACAUUUAAAUUAUACAAAAAAAUUUGUUCUCAAACUUAUGAGUGCUAUUACUAAACUUUAUGAGGAAUCAGGACAUUGUUAAGAAGGGGAUAGUGGUUAUGAAGUUAUAAAUCCAAGAAUGGAUCACAUAAUUUAUUAUUUCAGGUUAAUGUCACAUCUAGUUUAUAUGGCCCUUCUAUGUGAUUAUGGACAAGCAAACAUUCCAUAAUACUUUUCAUGAUUGUCAACAUCACAAAUCUUUUUCUACUCGUAAUGUUUUUAUGGUGGUGAAAUUUACAUACACCUGAAAAUGUUAUUUUUUUAUUUAGGAAUCAAUGUUGAAGAGAAACCAAUAUAAUUUGGUAAAACUUUAGGGUUAUUAACAAAUUUAUGCUUAUUUUAUAUACCAACAUUGAGGAUAUUUUUUCAUUUUACACAGGGUUAGAAUCCCAAAAUUAAAAUAAGACAUUUUGUGAUUAAUUUUUUAUUAAGACUAUAGGUUGUUACUUGUUAGUUUAUAAAUAAAUAAUGAUUUGAACUGUGGCUAUAAAUGUUACUUAAAUAAAUUAAUCAAAAACUAAUC